AUGUCGUCCAGACCAUCGGCCUCGUCGGCCGUGACGCGCCGCUCGACCGCUGCACCUACAGAAACUCUCCCGAAGCCGCCUUGCAAGAUUCAUUCGCUCGCGAUCAUCUCCGAGAAAGCUCAGAUCACUGGCACAAAUAUCGUCGAGAUCGGCGAGAGCACAGUUCUGCACCCCUUCAGCAGGAUCAAGGCCGAUCAUGGGGAGGUGAUCAUAGGAAGUAGCUGUACAAUCUGGGGGAAUGCUGUUGUCGGCCGCUUGGAUGGUAGUGAGGACGGCGGCCCUAGCACCAUAAUUGGCGAUGGAGUAAACAUCGAAACAGGAGCCAUAGUCGAAGCGCAAAUGGUCGGCAUCGGGACUUCGAUCGAGGUCAAUGCAAAGAUCGGAAAGGGCGCUGUGAUCGGCAAGCACUGCAAGAUCACACCCCUGAGCGAGAUCAAACCUGGAGAAGAGCUUGCAGAUUACACAGUGGUCUUCGACAACAAUCAACGCCGACUCGAUAUGACCAUGGCAAAGAAUGCUGAAGUACGAGAGGCAAAGGCGAAGGGACAGCAAAUGCACGUUGAACUGCUCAAAAAGCUCAUUCCGGAUGCCUCUGCCAAAUGG